AUGCUUGCCAGUGGAGCAGAGCGGCGGCGGAUGGAUCAUCAGCUCCUGCCGGCGGGCUUCCGGUUCUUCCCGACGGACGAGGAGCUCAUCACCUGCUACCUUGCUAGGAAGGCCAUGGACGCCAGCUUCACCUCGCCGGCCAUCCGCGACGUCGACCUCUACAAGUCCGAGCCAUGGGACCUCCCAUCUAGCUCUAGCUGCUCAUUGAUGUCCUUGAUGUUCCCAGGCGACCUGCAGGAGGGCUACUUCUUCUGCACCAGGGGCAGCAAGUACCUGUCCGGCGUGCGCGCCCGCCGCGCGACGCGGUGCGGGUACUGGAAGUCGACGGGGAAGGACAAGGCCGUGCACGGCAGGGACGGCCGCCUCGUCGGGAGGAGGAAGACGCUGGUGUUCUACCGCGGCAGGGCCCCGAGAGGGGAGAAGACCGGCUGGGCCAUGCACGAGUACGCCAUGGGCGAGAGGAGCAGCAGCGCCCUCCUCAGAGGAGCACAGAGUGAGUGGGUCAUAUGCAAGGUGUUCAUGAGGAAGCAUCCGAGGGGCAACGAAAGGAAGGUGACAGCGGAGGAGACGGUGCAUGAUCAGGACUCCACUCCAGGCCAUCUCCUUCCAAUGGUAUUGGUACCGGACGCGGACGGUUUCGACGGUCAUGAGCAGGAGGUGGCGCCACCAGCUGCAGUCGCUGACUCACAGCACACGAUCAGCCGCUCCGGUGCCCAUGUCAUAGAGGGUAAUGAGAAGGAUCAUCAUCAACAACACCACCACCACCAAAUGGUCCAUGAGUUGCUGAUGAUAGACCACCAUGGUUGGAGCGGCGCCGCCUCGCCAUCCUUGUUCAACCAUGAUGGCCAGCUGGGAAUGCAUUGCUCCACGUUGCCCGUCAUGCAGAAGCAGUCCGACGAUGCAGAUUAUUACCUGCCGGAGUUGCUGGAGUCCGACGGCAGUGACGACUUACCGAGCAAUGCUGGGUCGGGGUUGCUUGACACCGGCGGCGAAGUGAACCGACGUGCUGAGAUGAUCACCUCCGCCGCCAUUGACCCACUUCACAUCGAUGGUCUCUACUGGAACAACUUUGGUUUCUGA